AUUUGAUCACAUUUGCCUCAUAUUAGAACAUCUGAGCGAGACACAAACUCUUGGACACUUCAGCCAUAAUGAACACACACACACACCACUUCCCUUGGGGUGAUGGUAGAUGGAGGAAAGCUGCAUAGCGAGCACAUUUCAGACAGCGAGGCUGAUUAAUCUCCUGUGUUUUAUUAACAAGCAACUUGAGCCCCAACGGCUGAAGACAUUGUGAUGCUUUGUGGCGUUCUGUGGCUCAAACAGAGGUUCAUUUAUCAGGAGGCACUGAAGCUCCUACAAUAGUGUCACCAGAGUUGUUGUCUUCAUUGGUCCCUGUGAAGAAGGACAUUUAAAUGUCUUCAGGAAGAGGAGGUCAACACGCUGGCUGUUUUUUAACACGUUUGAUCUUUUUCCUAUGAACGGACAUUCAGAGUUAAGAUGGAGCUGGUUUGGUUCUCAGUUGGAGCUGAAUAGAAAAUUCUGGAUUCUAGCACAAUGAAUGGGUCAGCGGAACAGGACACUAACAGCAAACUUCUGAGGAUGGGUCUUCGUAACCCCAUGACCUUAAUGUACAGCGCCAUUUACAUCAUUCUGGGGACUCUGGGAAUCGUGGGAAAUGCGAUGGUGAUUGGGGUUAUUGGGAGGAGUUUGAUGAUGGAGCGUGGAGCGGGACACAAUUCGGACAUCAUUAUAAUGAACUUGGCAGUGUCUAACUUGAUGGUGUCUGUGACGAGAAACAGUCUGCUCGCUAUCUCUGAUCUGGGCUUCAAGCUGUACCCUUCCAAAGGCUGGUGCCAGUUCCUGAUGGGGAUCUGGGUGUGGCUGCGAUCUGUCAACGUCUGGUCCACCUUGUUCCUCAGUGCUUUCCAUCUCCACACUCUGAAGCGGGUAUCGCCCUCUAUGGGGAACUUCCAGGGAUGGUGGAGCACCCAUAAGUCCCUGCUUCUGAGUCUGGGCAUCAUCUGGAUCCUCAACCUCAUUUACUCCAUCCCUGCUUACAUUUUCUCUACUAAUGGGAAUGAAAACACCACCGAGACCCUGAUGCUGGUAAGCAGCACAACGCGCCCCCUGCUGGGCUGUGUGUGGGACUUCCCCACCGUCCACACUGGUCUGGCCUUUGCCACCACAUCGAUGGUCAUACAUGAAAUAUUCCCUAUAAUCCUGAUGGUGGUCACCAACACGACCUCCCUCCACACCCUCUACACCCACAGUAGGCUGCAGAGGUCAGGCCAAGACGCUCCUGUUAUGAAGCGGGUUCCAGCAGAGAGGCGAGCAGCCAAGGUGAUCCUUGCUCUUGUGAUCGUCUUCAUCAUAUCUUGGGGAGGCAGCAUUCUCUCUGUCAACUACUUUAACUACAACCGAGGCAGCUCAGCCGAGUUCCUCUUGGUCAUCGCUCGCUUUACCACCGUCAUCUUCAUCGUCUUGUCUCCUGCUAUCCUGGCAGUGGGACACCGGCGGCUACGUUUGUGCAUCAAGUCUACGCUCACCGACUGAUGCACCUUGUGGGUGACAGCGCUCCUUUGACCUUUGGCCCAAAAAAUAAAUCUAAUUGAAUACU